AUGACCCAUGCAUUCCUGGAAGUAUAUAAAGGUCUUGGAAGAGUAGAAGACACUCACACUUCAGAGACAUCCUCCUACACCUUCACUGAAAUCUCACCUCCUGACACCAUGUGUUGCAACUACUACGGAAACUCCUGUGGGGGCUGUGGGUACAGCUCUGGCUGGGGUUCUGGCUGUGGCUGUGGCUAUGGCUGUGGCUAUGGCUCUGGCUAUGGAACAGGCUGUGGCUAUGGCUGUGGAUACGGCUCUGGCUGUGGAUGCGGCUCUGGCUAUGGAACAGUGUGUGGCUAUGGCUGUGGAUACAGCUCUGGCUGUGGCUCUGGCUGUGGCUAUGGCUCUGGCUGUGGCUAUGGCUGUGGCUAUGGGUCUACAUAUGGAUUAGGCUCUCGCUAUGGCUGUGGAUACAGCUCUGGCUGCUGUGGCUACCGACCAUCUUACUACAGAAGAUGCUAUUCCUCUUGCUGCUAAUCAUCACUGCAGAUCAUCCUUGUCUUUGCAAUGACCUCUCCAAGAUUAAGCCCAGUUGAAAUCUCUCCUAUCUUCACAUCUAAGUAAAGAUUGACUAUGGUCCCUUGACUAUCUGAAUACAUAAAAGAGAAGUUGUUUGCAGUGGAUGGAGACUGAGUAGUUUCAUGACAUAAGUGAAGAGAGGAGAUUUUAUUCUGAUUAAUUUUCUAGUGUAAGUAAUUUUCUAAUGUAAAACUCUCACAUCUUUUUCUUCAUUUUUGUGCCAUGACUAUUUGCAGAAACGUAAGAGGGGUAUAUAAUUGGAGCAUACUAAAAUGGAACAAAAAUAGAAUUUUCUUAAUAAAAGGCUUUACU